CCUGCAGCUGUUUUCCUGCCGGGGGAUAAUAAUCCAGGCGAGGUUAUCAGAUAUGGCCACCCUGUCAUUUAGGAACCACACGACGUUAUCCUGCAAGAUGGCAGGUUUAGUUUUAGUUUUAAAAAAUAAACUGGAACUUUAGGCUGCUAUAAUUGGAGCAAGAGUCACAUUCCUCAGCCGGGGAGCGAAUUAGAAAUAGACACCAAAGUUUAGCUGCUUUGUGUUGCAGGUGAUGAUUAAAAGACGCCUCUGUCAGCUGACUUCUCCUUAUAAUUUGUGAAUCUAUUUCUGGGGACGCUGAUGGAUCAAAAGAGUGGGAGUGUGUUCCAGAUGUGGGAGACGCUCUCUCUUCCUCCUUCCUUCUCCUCCUCAAACUCCAGCCUCAAAAAUAUGUGAUGGAGGAUUGGAGGAGGAGGAGGAGGAGGAGGAGGAGGAGGAGGAGGAGGAGAAAUUUGGCAAGUGCCCUCGAAAAGAGCUAGAAGCAGAGGAGAUGAUUUAGAUCUGCAGACGCUGAGAAGGAGCUGAAGAAGAAACAGACAAGCUGAGAAAAGUUCAUCAGGAGCAGGUUUAUCAGGAUGAAGGUGGAGGUUUUGUCCAGGAUGGAGCUUGUUGUGGUCGUUAUGGCAAUGACAUGUCUUCAUCAGCUGUCCUCCGCACAGGACUGUCCGUCCACUCACGACCUGCUGACCUCGCUGCGACAGGUGGAGAAGAUGUUGGCGGCCCACGAGGCGUCGUACCAGCAGGGUGUGCGCUCCCUCAGGAAGAAGCUGAGCGCUCUGCACAACAGCACCAUGGCGAUCUUUAAGAUCAGCAAGAACGUAUCCUGCCCUAAACCAGAGACCCCCGCCAACGGCCGCAGACUGGGUCGGGUGUUUGGCGUCGGACAUGAGGUCCACUUCCUGUGCAAGCCUGGCUACGAGCUGAUUGGCCCGAGGACCCGGGUGUGCCUGGAGUCUCUGAAGUGGAGCGGCCAGCAGCCCAUGUGCAGACGCUUCAACAACACCGGAAACUCUCUGCCCUCCUUCUCUCCUGCUGCUUCUGCCUCCUCCUCCCUCCCCAUCUCUGCCGCUCUGUCAGCAUCCUCCUCCUCCUCCUCCUCCUCCUCCUCCUCAUCCUCCACUGCAGCAGCAUCUUCACCUACAUCCUCCUCUCCCUCCUCCUCCAUCCGUCCGUCUCACUGCACUCACUUCCUGGGCUCCACCCGCUGCACCUGUGAUGUGGGUUUCACCAUAUCAGGCCGCGACAACAACAUUUGCACAGAUAUCGACGAGUGCCGUCUGUUUCCUCUCGGUCAGCCCGGCCGGCUCUGCGUCCAUCAGUGUGUAAACACACCCGGCAGCUUCCACUGCUUCUGUCCAGCUGGGUACGACCUCGCCACGGACAGCCGCAGCUGCGCAGACAUCGACGAGUGUGAAAACCGGAUGCACAACUGCAGAGCGGAUCAGCUGUGUGUGAACACCUACGGAGGUUUCCGGUGCGUGACGGUGGAGUGUCCUCACAUGAAAAACGCCACGUACAUCAAGACAUCACCGAUGCGCUGUGAGAGGAACCCAUGCAUGCUGGGAGACAAGGCGUGCACUCAGGCACCAAACUCAAUCUCCUUCCACUUCCUGCCUGUGGUGUCCAACAUGUCCGCCCCGCGCGUCCUCUUCCGUGUGUCGGCGGCUCGCGUGCUGGGCGACACGCUGCGAUUCGGCCUGGCUGGCAGCCGUGGGCGAGGACACUUCAGCGUGCAGCGCUCGGGCCGGCAGACAGGGACCCUCCUCCUGGUGACGCCCGUCAAGGGUCCCGCCACCCUGGAGGCUGAGGUGGAGAUGAGCGAGCUGGAGGGCCACUCGCUGCUGGGCCGCUACCUCACCAAGGUCACCCUGCUCGUGUCUCCGUACGAGUUUUAAGGCGAGGAUGGGCAGGUGGAGGGUUCAUAUUCAUCAGGGUUGAUUACGGUUUGGUGCAGAUUUUUUACUCCAUUAUAUCAUAUUUCCUCAGAAUUAUGUCCGCGGCCUUUAUUUACCUCAACAUCAGAGGGUACCAGGCCUUUAUUGGAAGCAGGCUGAUAUUACAGAGACGCCUUUAUUUCUAGUUUCCUCUGUUUGAUAAGUAUAUGUUCUCAUAUUUUAGUGUGAAGCCUCCAUGUUUUCUCAUCUGCUUUUGUUUGCUCUGUUACAUUUUUUACUGCAUUACCGGUAAUCCACUUACUCCAACGUGUGGAACAAUAAUUCUAGCACUUGAGUUCCACCCGGAACGUUUUGGCAAUGCACCACUUAGCUGUAGUAUGCAGGUAGCAUGCUCACGGAUGUAUGCUCGCCGGCUUACUCAUGAAGUGUUGCUGCUGCCACUAUUAUUAAAAUAUUUACUGCUAAAUUAAAGCGAUGGAAAUGUACAUUAUGCUUAACUGGCAUUCACAUUAUAUAACAGGCAGCAGGCACUAGGAGUUUCUUUUAUUUGAGGAAAUACGGUAUUAAUUCACCCAGUAAGGAAGAGUUUUAAAGUCUAACUGAAAUCAGGUCAAAGUGUAUUUUUUAUAUAUGGUUAAUAUUUAUUAUUUGUGAAAAGAAAAAAAGGGUAAAUGUCUUUGAAAAUACAUGAUGCCAGAAUCUUGGUGAUGUAGUAGUCUCAUUUAUACAGAGAUCCUGCAUUACAGCCAUAAAGAAGAUACGUCAUUAAACCACCUUUGCUUUUUAACACUGAACCAAACAAAGCCGGCAUAACGCCGCCACCGUGUGUGCUUUUACCAAGCGGCAACCUCUGGGGCUGUAAAAUGAAGCCAAUGCGGAAGUGCAAACAUGUUUACAACCAAGCUAACUAGCUAAUACUAAUACAGGGCUGCUAAAUGCUCAUUAAAAUCCUUAAAAUAAUAUCUAUCAUUCUCCCUCAUUAAAAAUUCAGAAUCUAUGAAUAUG